ACAUUUCCCAUGAAGCCAUGGGUUCGGGCCUCCAGCUUCCCCGGUGACCAGUAGCCAAUGGGAGACGCCGCAGUGGGCACCGUGUGGGUGAGAGUCCAGCCUUGGGUUGGAUUGCCGGGUCUAGGCCUGGAGGCGCGAGGCGGGCAUUUCAGACGAGAGUGGCGCGGCGUGGGGCGCCGCGAGGGCACUACGCGCCCAGGAGCUGCCGCGCCGACCCGAUUUUCCGCGGCUGUUUAAGGACUAGCGCUUCGGUAGCCGGGGAGCUGGAGGGAACCUGAUUUGAGAUCAAUUCUUGGAGAACACAAAGAAGUGUGAUGGAUUGAACCAGCUGCCCUUUGACCCUGCCAACAACAACGAGCCCCUGCAGUUUGGUAGUGCCAGUGGCCCUCUGGUCACAGAAGGCCUCAUUGAGAAUGGAGGGGAAUCAAGCAAGAAAAGAAAGAGAACAAAUACUCCUUCAGCCGAUAACAGUAGAACUCUGAAUGUGGAUUCCACUGCAAUGACACUACCUAUGUCUGAUCCAACUGCAUGGGCCACAGCAAUGAAUAAUCUUGGAAUGGCACCGCUGGGAAUUGCUGGACAACCAAUUUUACCUGACUUUGAUCCUGCUCUUGGAAUGAUGACUGGAAUUCCACCAAUAACUCCAAUGAUGCCUGGUUUGGGAAUAGUACCUCCACCAAUUCCUCCAGAUAUGCCAGUAGUAAAAGAGAUCAUACACUGUAAAAGCUGCACACUCUUCCCUCCAAAUCCAAAUCUCCCACCUCCUGCAACCCGAGAAAGACCACCAGGAUGCAAAACAGUAUUUGUGGGUGGCCUGCCUGAAAAUGGGACAGAGCAAAUCAUCGUGGAAGUUUUUGAGCAGUGUGGAGAGAUCAUUGCCAUUCGCAAGAGCAAGAAGAACUUCUGCCACAUUCGCUUUGCUGAGGAGUACAUGGUGGACAAAGCCCUGUAUCUGUCUGGUUACCGCAUUCGCCUGGGCUCUAGUACUGACAAGAAGGACACAGGCAGACUCCACGUUGAUUUCGCACAGGCUCGAGAUGACCUGUAUGAGUGGGAGUGUAAACAGCGUAUGCUAGCCAGAGAGGAGCGCCAUCGUAGAAGAAUGGAGGAAGAAAGACUGCGUCCACCAUCUCCACCCCCAGUGGUCCACUAUUCAGAUCACGAAUGCAGCAUUGUUGCUGAAAAAUUAAAAGAUGAUUCCAAAUUCUCAGAAGCUGUACAGACCUUGCUCACCUGGAUAGAGCGAGGAGAGGUCAACCGUCGUAGCGCCAACAACUUCUACUCCAUGAUCCAGUCGGCCAACAGCCAUGUCCGCCGCCUGGUGAACGAGAAAGCGGCCCAUGAGAAAGAUAUGGAAGAAGCAAAGGAGAAGUUCAAGCAAGCCCUUUCUGGAAUUCUCAUUCAAUUUGAGCAGAUAGUGGCUGUGUACCAUUCUGCCUCCAAGCAGAAGGCAUGGGACCACUUCACAAAAGCCCAGCGGAAGAACAUCAGCGUGUGGUGCAAACAAGCUGAGGAAAUUCGCAACAUUCAUAAUGAUGAAUUAAUGGGAAUCAGGCGAGAAGAAGAAAUGGAAAUGUCUGAUGAUGAAAUAGAAGAAACGACAGAAACAAAAGAAACUGAGGAAUCAGCCUUAGUAUCACAGGCAGAAGCUCUGAAGGAAGAAAAUGACAGCCUCCGUUGGCAGCUCGAUGCCUACCGGAAUGAAGUAGAACUGCUCAAGCAAGAACAAGGCAAAGCCCACAAAGAAGAUGACCCAAACAAAGAACAGCAACUGAAACUCCUGCAACAAGCCCUGCAAGGAAUGCAACAGCAUCUACUCAAAGUCCAAGAGGAAUACAAAAAGAAAGAAGCUGAACUUGAAAAACUCAAAGAUGACAAGUUACAGGUGGAAAAAAUGUUGGAAAAUCUUAAGGAAAAGGAAAGCUGUGCUUCUAGGCUGUGUGCAUCAAACCAGGAUAGCGAAUACCCUCUUGAGAAGACCAUGAACAGCAGUCCUAUCAAAUCUGAACGUGAAGCACUGCUAGUGGGGAUUAUCUCCACAUUCCUUCAUGUUCACCCAUUUGGAGCAAGCAUUGAAUACAUCUGUUCCUACUUGCACCGUCUUGAUAAUAAGAUCUGCACUAGUGAUGUGGAGUGUCUCAUGGGUAGACUCCAGCAUACCUUCAAGCAGGAAAUGACUGGAGUUGGAGCCAGCCUGGAAAAGAGAUGGAAAUUCUGUGGCUUUGAGGGCUUGAAGCUGACCUAAAUCUCUUUGCCUAACAACUUGGGAUCCUGAAGAUAAAUAUGUGUUGGACAAGCAUAGAAAGUGAUUUGUAUUUUUAAUGGUUUUCAAGUGGAAGUUCCUUUGAAUUUGUCAAUUCAUUCCUGGAAAAUCUUUUGAGUUAAAAUAAGGAUCCUAGGACAGCACCUCGAACUACAGCCCUAAAGAGAAAUUGCCUCAAACCACAAGUGCUGUAACUUCCUCCCCUUUCUGUCAAUUGGUUGUCUUUAAAUAUUGCAAAAGUCCUGAGGCUAAACAGUAUUUGGAGUGUUUUCAGUGUCUGUACUACUGUUGUAGACUUUGGUAUUUUUUUAAACACUGUUAACUGAAAUGUUUUGAUGAUUUGUAUGUGAUUUGUGUUUCUAAACUUCUCUUUACAUUAAUGUUGCUACCAGUGAAAGGAAUGAGAGCGGCACUAAGUCCUCUGUGUAACUGCCAUUGUCUUUCGAAUCCCCAGUAGACCAGCAAAUAAAUAACACAUCAGUGUCUUCUAGAAGGUGCCUGACCAGGUUCACCUUUUAAAUGACAAAGCAUGGUUUGUGGCUUUUUGCAAAAUUACUAUGAACCAAAAGUUGACAAAUGUUCCAAAGUUAUUUUCUCUAACAUAUCACAUUAAAGAUCUGUUUCAGAAUUGUAAAAGUACAUCUAGAUGUGUUUGCAGAAAGCAAGUAUCCAGUAUGACUGGCAUGUGUUCGUGCUAUUCAGAAUCACUUGUAAAUAGUCUGCUUUUAAAGGAGGGCAUGUUCCGUUUUCUGUGAAUUAAAACACGCUCAUGUGUGGACACACACGCACAAACACGCACGUGCGCACACAGUGACAGAAGGGAUUUGUGUUAAUUUUCUUUCCCCUCUGGCCUUCUUACGGUCUCUUGGUCCCUUUGCUUCUGUUGUCAGUGUGUUGAAUUGCAAACCGUGUACUGCUGUAAAUACUGUGUUUACUUCAUGCUGAAUGUUUGCAAAGACUUGAUAUAAGUAUUAAUAGUAAUGAAUCAAUGAAUAAAUAAUGAGCCAGGGUUUGUGAGGCUUUCUACAAAUAAGUCAGCUCCACCUGGAGUGCAGAUUGCCAGAGACACCUCCAGUUCUGUAGCGCCCAUCGGCAAAUCGCAAUGGCAGCAUGUGAGCGGACCAUUCAGAAACUUCUGCUUGGUGGAAAGGAAACGGAGAGGAUGAAGGUUUGGGGCAAAUAUCCUGAGGCAGAGAUGGUCUUUAUUGUGUGUGGUGGUGGUUGUGGUACUUAUAAUAAUGCAAGCAUACCCUCCCUUGAGUCUCGAUUGAAGAUAAAAGAAUGUACUGAGUAAGCAAAGCCAAUGGAGAGUAUUUCACGAAAAUACUUUGUAAAUGAAAUGCCAGUAGUGUUCAAAGUUGUAUUUUUAAAAGAUAAAUAUUCCUUUUUAUACCUC